AAUCCACUAACAGUCUUCAAAACCCAAAGGAAAGAAGAUGGCAGAUGGCCGGAAAGUGUGACGUCCACGCAAGCCUACGCCCCCAAGGUUCGUCGCUAAGCCCUCCCAAUCAAGCUGCGAAAGACAAAACAGUGCAAGUGUGGGGUCGUGAACAGAUGGGGUUGGUGUCUAACCCAGACACUUGUUGGCUCCCUAUCCAGCGUGACGGCGGCGGCACAGGGGUGCAAGUUUGGGAUCGUCGCCGACUGGAUAUGAAUUCGGACCCAGGUUUCGUUUGGUAUCCCAGACAGGCCACAUGGACUCCCAUGACCCCCUUUCGCCCACCCCCCAGACGCUUUGGUUCACCAACCCCUCAAUUCGGUUCACUUCUGCCACCUCCAACUCCCAGGGUCCCGUUACGCAGGUUGUGGGCCACUUCGGGUCCCCCGCCAGCCCGUUUCAGGACGCCACUGUCUGCAGGUGUAAGCGAUAGGUCAAAGGGGAGGCAGCCGAUGACUCAGGUUUGGGUACCGAAGGCGACAACAGUGGAAGUUACUGACCCUGAUCAUGGUUGCAAGGGUGCAACAGGUGGUUCAGAUGCGCGCGGAUUUUCGUUGAUACGCAUCGUAUAGUUGUGCGUGGUGUGUUCCAUUUUCAGUGAUGUUUUUAUUAAUGUUCGUUGUACGCGUUGUCUGUUUGUAAUCUUUCGUUUUAUGAUAAAAAUGGAACGUAGGUGUUUGUAAUGUUUCGUUUUAUGAAUAAAA